AGCCGGAAUCGAUCGGUGAUCGGUAGUCGCUGAAUUUAUUUGGGAGAGAACACACACGUAGAAUAUAAAUAAAAUGAAUUUUGUCAACUUUUUACUAUGCGCGGGACUGCUAUGUCUUGUUGGUGGACCGUUGGCGGAGGCUUGGGUGUCGGCCGGCAAUUAUCACAAUGACGCACAUCCGGGCAAAUGCGUGAUCAGUGAUACGCUCAUUAUCUCACCCGGUGAGAAAGCGAAAUCUCCCGGAUCUUGUUCGGAAAUUCGAUGUGGCAGUGAAAAGGGUCAUGCCACCAUUGUUGGUUGUGGUACUGUUGUCCCACCAGAGGGUUGCAAAUGGGGUGACCAUGUGAAUAUAGAUGCUCCCUUUCAGGAGUGUUGUGCUCGUCACUUGAUCUGCGAUGGUGGCUUGACGGAUGAGAAUCGCCUUUAUCAACAACACAUUUGGGACAUGUUCUCACGCAGUUCGAAAAAAGCUGACAAUGAAUAGGAAUGUAAAACUCGAAGAUGUUAUUUGAUUAAUUAAAUAUUAAAGUACUGAAGAGUUAUAUUUUUUUGUAAAAUGUGCUAACUUAUAAUUAUUGUUGACAAUGAAAAUAAUUAUUUUUAAAUAAAUAAAAAAAUAAAAUAAAUUUAUUAAAUAAAAA